AUGUCCAGCGGUGUCACUGUUAAAGACGUUAACGCCCACGCCUUCGUCAAGGCCUACGCUGCUUACCUCAAGCGUACCGGCAAGCUCGAGGUCCCCAAGUGGGUCGAUCUUGUCAAGACCGGCACCCAGAAGGAGCUCGCUCCCUACGACCCCGACUGGUACUACGUCCGUGCCGCUUCCGUCGCCCGCCACAUCUACCUCCGCCAGGGUGUUGGAGUUGGUGGCCUCAAGAAGAACUACGGUGGCCGUGUCAACCGUGGUACCCGCCCCCACCACACCGUCAAGGCCUCCGGCUCCGUUGCCCGCAAGGUCAUGCAGUCCCUUGAGAAGAUCAAGGUUCUUGAGAAGGGCGCCAACGGCGGUCGCCAAAUCUCCCAGGAUGGCCAGAAGGAUCUGGAUCGUAUUGCUGCUCAGAUCGCCCGUGCUCAGGACGCUUAA